CACGCCCCAGAGUUUGAGGAAAACUUGUGCAGCAGUUUGAGGAAGAUCACCUGAGAAAGCGGAACCGAUCAAUAAACCGAUCAGUGAAACACAGAUCGAUGGCUUUGAUUCAAACCGACCACAACGGCACGCGGAACGGGCUAAUCAAUAGUCUGCACGGCGGCGUCAGGACAGACUGCACGGUUCCCGACGCGGCGCUGCCCCGAGCGUUCCUCCACAGUCUGCGGACGUUAUUCGACAUUCUGGACGAUCAACGGCGCGGGUUUGUUCACCUGUCGGAGAUCGAGAGCCGGUGGCGCGGCGCGGGGGAGCGGGAUCUGCCCGCGGGGGUUCUGGAGAGUCUGCGUCGGGUCGCGCCGGUUAACGGCUGCCUGUCCUUCGAGCGGUUCGUCGCGGGACUCAGAAACUCCAUGUUCGUCCCGGAGACCGGCAGCAGACCGGCAGAGCACCCGCAGUGGAGAACCGAGGACGGGAGAGUCCGGCCGCUGGGCCAGAGUAACUUAGUAAACACGCUCCACAACCGGCAGCCCGGAAGGGGCCGACCUCGGGAGAGCUCAGCCUUCACGGAUAAACACGCCGUUUCUUCCCGUUACUCCGCCUUUCCGGUCGCGUCGCGGAGCUGCGGAGUGACGGAGAGUUCAUAUCGAUCCGGACAGGACCCGCUUCAGCCCCGACCCACCGACCCACCGAAACACCCCGAGCAGAGAAACG